ACCACCCAGUGAAAUCUAAAAUCAGGGCGUCAUUUUCUCCUUUGAAAAUUUUGAGAGCCGAAAGGGGCAGAUUUUGGCGCCAAUUGUUUUCUACUGUAUAGAGUCAUAGACUCCAUAUAUUUUAAUAAAAAUUUCACAUCUCUAAAGGUUGAUUCUCUCUAGGAGUACGAAAAUGCCGCGCCAAAAAUCGAUACUCUCGUUCUUCCAAAAACCCUCGCAGCCCAGUCAGAGCUCCGACGCCGGAGAAAGGACCGAUGGUCGGCAAGCUCCUCUGUUCUCGGCGAAGCAACAUAAUCAAAACGUGUCUCAACCUGCGAUUCAUGGACCGGUGGACUCGUCUAUUGAAAUUAGAGGAACUGACACGCCACCAGAAAAGGUGCCACGUCAGAUAUUACCGGUGAACAUCAAGGAGAACGAGGAGGCCAAAGUUGCUUCGCUUUUCUCGAGCAUAAUGCAUAAGUUCGUUAAGGUCGAUGACAGAGAAAAACCUAAUGGGAGGAACCAGGUUCAUUCUGCUAAUGUUUGCUCUACAUCUGUUACAUUUACUAUCCCAAAAGAAUUGCCUCAGCAUGGAAUGGAUACACUGUACUCUGAGAAAGACAAUGGUUUUAGUUCCAGUGGCAUGGUUGAUCAAACGAGUGUCUUGAAUAUUGAAAGUGUAAAUGAUGUUCCUGGGCCACAUACACCAGGCAUGCGACCCCUAGUUCCUCGUCUGAAGAGAAUUCUAGAGGACGUUCCUAAGUUUGAGGAUAAGAAUGGUUGUUCCUUCCUAAACUCUAGCAAAAGAGUGAAACCACUACAGGACCCAGCUUCCUUGAUAAAAAAUCAUGAGGAAAUAUCUAAUUCAACAAGCAAGUUUGAAUGGCUUGACCCUGCCCAAAUCAGGGAUGCCAAUAGGAGAAGGCCCAAUGAUCCUCUCUAUGACAAAAAGACGCUGUACUUACCACCUGAUGCAUUGAAGAAAAUGUCAGCUUCUCAAAAGCAAUACUGGACUGUCAAAUCUCAGUACAUGGAUGUUCUACUUUUCUUUAAAGUGGGAAAAUUCUAUGAGCUCUAUGAACUGGAUGCUGAAAUUGGUCACAAAGAGCUUGAUUGGAAAAUGACAUUAAGCGGUGUGGGGAAAUGUCGGCAGGUUGGUAUAUCUGAAAGUGGGAUUGACGAUGCUGUUGAAAAGCUGGUAGCUCGUGGAUAUAAAGUUGGAAGAGUGGAGCAAUUGGAAACAUCUGAUCAAGCAAAAUCUAGGGGUGCAAAUUCUGUAAUCCAAAGAAAAUUGGUACAAGUUGUCACCCCAUCAACCACAACUGGACAUAAUAUGGGGCCUGAUGCUGUUCACCUUCUUGCCAUAAAAGAGGGAAACUAUGGGGUGGAUAAUGGUGCAACUGCUUAUGGGUUUGCUUUUGUUGAUUGUGCUGCUCUACGAGUUUGGGUUGGAUCAAUCAAUGAUGAUGCGUCACAUGCUGCUUUGGGGGCAUUAUUGAUGCAAAUUUCACCUAAGGAAGUCAUAUAUGAAAAUAGAGAGCUUUCCAGAGGCGCUCAGAAAGAACUUAGGAAGUACUCAUUAAUAGGUUCUACAGCACUGCAAUUGUCACCAGUGCUGCCAGGCACUGAUUUUGUGGAUGCUUCUGAAGUUAAAAAUUUGAUUCAAUCGAAGGAUUACUUUAAAUGGUCUACAAAUCCAUGGAACCAUGCACUUGACAGUAUAAUGCACCAGGAUAUAUCUCUAUGUGCUCUUGGCGGGCUUAUUGGUCAUCUAUCCAGAUUGAUGUUUGAUGAUGUUUUAAGGAAUGCAGAUAUUCUACCCUACCAAGUUUAUAAGGGUUGCCUUAGAAUGGAUGGGCAGACUCUAGUAAAUCUGGAGGUUUUUAGUAACAGUGCUGAUGGUGGUUCAUCAGGUACUUUGUUUAACUAUCUUGAUAACUGCGUGACAUCAUCUGGUAAGCGGCUUUUGAGGAAUUGGAUCUGCCAUCCACUGAAACAUGUUGAAGGCAUUAAUAAUAGGCUUGAUGUAAUUGAAAAUCUAAUGGCUCGUUCAGAAAUUAUGUUAGUUAUUGCUCAAUAUCUUCGCAAGCUUCCAGAUUUAGAAAGAAUGCUUGGGCGAGUUAAGGUUAGCUUUCAGGCAUCAGGUUCUCUUGCACUGCCCUUGAUUAGCAAAAAAUUGUUGAAACAAAGAGUGAAAGUGUUCGGGUCUCUGGUGAAAGGGCUUCGGAAUGGAAUGGAUUUGUUAUUGCUAUUACUGAAGGAAGAGCAACUAAUUUCAUCAUUAUCAAAAAAUUUUAAACUUCCAGAGCUUCUUGGUAGUAAUGGGCUUGAAAAAUUCCUUGUGCAAUUUGAAGCAGCUGUAGAUAGUGAAUUCCCAAACUACCAGAAUCGUGAUGUGACAGAUUCAGAGGCUGGAAUGCUUUCUGUGCUGAUUGAGUUAUUUAUUGAGAAAGCUGCACAGUGGGGUGAAGUCAUUCAUGCAAUCAAUUGUAUUGAUGUGCUUAGAUCUUUCGCAGUCACAGCAAGCAUGUCAUGUGGAGCUAUGUGUAGACCUGUUAUUUUGCCUGAUUCAAAAUCCAUUUCUUUCUGUGAGGGGGAAGGGGGGCCUGUACUUAAGAUUAAAGGGUUAUGGCACCCAUUUGCCCUUGGAGAGAAUGGAUUGCCUGUCCCAAAUGAUGUGUUCCUUGGUGAGGAUUCAGAUAGCCAACAUCCCCGCACUGUGUUGCUGACUGGACCAAAUAUGGGUGGAAAAUCAACACUUCUGCGUGCCACAUGUCUAGCUGUUAUACUAGCACAGCUUGGUUGUUUCGUUCCCGGUGAGAAGUGUGUUCUCUCACUUGCUGACAUAAUUUUUACACGGCUUGGUGCCACUGAUCGAAUAAUGACAGGCGAGAGUACAUUCUUCAUUGAGUGCACAGAAACAGCUUCGGUGCUUCAAAAUGCCACUCAAGAUUCCCUUGUCCUUCUUGAUGAACUGGGUCGAGGAACAAGCACUUAUGAUGGAUACGCCAUUGCAUAUGCUGUAUUCCGCCAUCUUGUUGAGAAGAUAAACUGUCGAUUGCUUUUUGCAACACACUAUCACCCGCUCACAAAAGAAUUUGCUUCUCAUCCACAUGUUUCAUUACAAUACAUGGCUUGUGCAUUCAAGUCAAAACCUGAAAGCUAUUCUAAAAGCGACCGGGACCUUGUCUUCUUGUACCGGCUUGCAUCUGGAGCAUGCCCAGGGAGCUACGGAUUGCAAGUGGCAACUAUGGCUGGCAUUCCUGAGCAUGUUGUUGAAGCUGCUUCACAUGCUGGUCAACUGAUGAAAAAUUCAACUGGAGAAAGUUUCAAGUCAAGUGAGCGCAGGUCUGAGUUCUCAACUCUCCAUGAAGAGUGGUUGAAGACCCUAGUAAAUGUCUCACGAAUCAGAGAUUGUAAUUUUGAUGAUGAUGAUGUUUAUGACACAUUGUUUUGCUUGUGGCAUGAGUUGAAGAGCUCGUAUGAAUCUUGUAGCUCGAAGAGUAGAUAGAAUCUGCAUAAUGUAUUGUAGGAAUCCUAAUCUGAAGAUGAUUUUUUUCCCCAUAAUAGUUAUCAUGUUCUGAAAUGACAGGGAAGAGCAGUAUACCUUGUAUUUGGUGUU